CAGUGACGUCACCGGGCUGUCCUAACUCCCUUCCUGCUGCAUCGCAACAGCCGUUAGCAGCUCUAGUAGCACCAGUGACCAGGGGGACAGGAUAUCCACCGCCAAUUCAUUGAGAGAAUAACUGUAGACGGUGCUGCACUCAACAACAUCCUAACACGGGGGUACCCGACAGGAACUGGUUGCAGUGCAAUAACCCCGCUCCAGCUGUUGGGAUAUGGCCAGGCCGGAACAGGUUCUGCUCUUGGAGCCUCAGCACGAACUGAAAUUUAGAGGUCCAUUCUCAGACGUGGUCACCACAAAUCUUAAGCUGUCCAACCCUACAGACAGGAAUGUAUGUUUCAAGGUGAAGACAACAGCACCACGCCGGUACUGUGUGCGGCCAAACAGUGGAAUCAUUGAUGCUGGCACCUCGAUCAAUGUCUCAGUUAUGCUGCAGCCUUUUGACUAUGACCCCAAUGAAAAGAGCAAACACAAGUUCAUGGUCCAGUCCAUGCUAGCACCUCCUGACAUGACCGACAUGGAGGGAGUGUGGAAGGAGGCUAAGCCAGAGGAGCUAAUGGACUCCAAGCUGAGGUGUGUUUUUGAGAUGCCAGUGGAGAACGAAAAAACGCAUGACAUGGACUCCACCAAGAUGAUAUCGUCCAGCUUGCUGAAGUCGGAGUCUUCUGCACUGCCAGCGAAGUCACUGAGCUCCACCCUUGAUGAUGGGGAGGUAAAGAAGAUCAUGGAGGAGUGUAAGAGGUUGCAGAUGGAGGCUCAGAGGCUACGGGAAGAAAACAAACAGAUCAGGGAGGACGAUGGUCUGCGGAUGAGGAAGAGUAACAUAAUUUCAUCCCAGCGCCCUUCAGUUGGCAUGAAGAAAGAGGAGGGCCUGAGCGCCCGUGCAGUGGCCCUCAUUGUGCUUUUCUUUGUGUUUGGUGUCAUCGUGGGCAAGUUGGUCUUGUAGAGUGCAAAGCAGUUCGGUCGGCCGCAGCAUGCUUUGAUGAAAACAAAACACAGGAUCUGGGAUUUUGGAUCAGAAAAUGCCAUAUCUGCUGGGUGGGGGGGUGGUACUAGUUUUGAUUCAGUCACUUAUGUUAAAAAAAAAAAAUUCAAAGGUAAUAUAUGACAAAAAAGAAAAAAAUCAUCUUAUGAACAAACCUACUGUUAUAGGUCUUGCCUCUACAUAGUCUUCACAUAAUCAUUCUGGCCCUCUUCCCAAAGUUUCGUGUAUACAGAUGACUGGUUCUGUGGGUAGGGGUUAAUGAAAACAUGAUUUAAUGCUAGUGAUUCUGACCAAUGGAUUUUCUAACACCGGCAAAGCAGUGUUGGUGCAACUGAGUCAGUUUGCAAUUGUGCAAAUGUCAUUUUAGUGUGUUGAUUUUUCUUAAUGAUGGAGGCAAGAGCCUAUGUAUAAGAAAUCCCCUCACUGUACAGGUUAUCCAGGUGUUCCUUCCAGCUAAACCCUUUUUAAGGAAGGGAUUUACCUGAGAGCUGAUCCACACACUCGGGGUUUCACACAGGGCUAUCACACAGACUCCAACAAUCAGAGGCUUUGUAAAGUUGGCUUGUCUUUGAUUGUCGAACAUCCUUGAUCAGUGUAGGAAACACUAUACCGCAGGUAUUUUCAUUCCUCCUGCCCCUUUUAUUUUUCACGCUACCUUAUACUCCUCACCUGUCACUCACUGCUCACCACAUCCCCGGUUGGCAGAGGUGGAUGUUUGAUUGCAUGUGUUCACAAUGAGGCAUCUGGACUUUUGAAUCUAAUUUAAUUGCUUUUAUAAUUAUAUUAAUAAUAUGUCAUUUGGCUGUAGGUUUGCACAACUACAUUUGCAGUUUUUUUCUCUCUCGUGUUUUGUUGCAUUUUUAGGAUUUUAAGUAAUUUUGUUGUUGUUAGGGUUGAAUCAUUAGAGUUUUGCAGCUCCAUGAAAUGAAAUUUGUAGGAUUACAACAUUUCUGCAAGUGUUCUGCAGAUGUAAACUUUGCCUUGUGAUCUGUUUGGGCAAGUUGUUAUCAGCCAAGGAGGAGGUAUAUACAGUACAUUAACACAGACACACCACAGACACAAGUACAUGGAAAGCAUGCAUGCAUACAUACAUUUGUGGGAAACUACAAAUGUACAGAAGGUGCAUGUAGAGGUAAAUGUUUUUGCAUUAUCAUAACAUCAGCACCACCAAGGAUCUGUUACUGCAUGUUUUCCAGCUCUUGUUUGUUUCCUCGUUUUCCUACUGAGCCAUACAUUUGUUGACAUUCUGUUUUGUUUUUGGCAAAUGUAUGUCAGAAAUGAACUGAGUGUUUAGCCUGCCUGCUCCAGCUCUCCGCUGCAGGCCUGUGUUCAGUUUUGGGUGUUUGUUCAGCAUUUAUUCAUUGUUUAUUAAUGUCAUAUCCUCACUACAUUAGAAGUCGUAUUCAUUUAAUGCACUAAGGUUAAGAAUGUCUGUCAUAUGAUCUUCCUGCAGCGCACACAGUUUUUCCCUCAAGCGAGAGGGGAGGAAAAGCAUUCAGCCUAGCUAUAGUCUCGAGGGGACCACAUGAUGACAUUGUACUGUUUAAGAGCUAAUGGUUAUCUUUUUGUCAAAAAUAAACAACAAAAAAUAUACUCAAA